UGUCAAACACCAUUGUUAUCUAAUCUUUGUAUUGUAUAAAGUUCAAACUUUCCAAACGAUUGAAAUAAUUUCUAACCCUUAAUUAGUCACAUAAAGUGUUCAAUACUAAACGUCAACAGUCAGGUGCAGUCUCUUUGAUAUAAUAAAAAAACUGCAAUUAAAAAAGAAAAUAAUAGAAGACUAACAUCGUUAACUAAUUUCAAACUGGAAAAUAAUAAUAAUAGUUUCACAAUGGCUAUGGUAUUUCCUGAAUUAUUUGCAAAAAUGUCGUUGAACAAUGCAAAAAUUUCGAAGGCACUUUUAGAGAAAUACAAACAUUUAGUAAAUUUCGUAAAGAAUCCAGCAAUCCUCGAAUACGGCUUCGCUGGUGGUGAAAAUUCAGAAUACAGUUUAAGGCCCUUACUUCCUCCUGACUAUAAAGAGUUUGUAGCAGUUGAUAUAUCAGAACCUAUGGUGGAACAUGCCAGAAAAAAUGCGAAGAUUCCUAGAAGUAAAUUUUAUUGUUUGGAUACGUCAUCGCCAGACUUGCCAGAAAUUUUCCAAAAUCGAUUUGAUAAUGUAUUUAGUUUUAUGACGAUUCAUUUAAUAAAAGAUCCGAGACAAACAUUCACUAACACAUUUAGAAUGCUCAAGGAUGGUGGUGAAACAUUCCAAACUUUCUAUACACACACUCCUUGUGACGACGUUUUUGUUAAAUUGUGCCAGCAUCCUGAGUGGGGAAAGGAAAAAUACAACCAAACAAAAAUGUUGCAUCCUUAUUACGACAAACCAGAACCCAAAGAAUAUAUUAUAGGGGAUUUAAAGGCUGCAGGUUUCAAUAAUGUUGAAUAUAGGGAGGAAAUUAUGUCAUAUAAUUUUGAAAACGAGGAACAGUUAAAAGGUUUAUACCUUUCCGUAAAUACUACGAUACCCCACAUUCCAGCCGAGGACCUUGAGGAAUAUAAGAAGGAUUAUUUACGCGAAGUCAGAAGUAUGUACACCGUACGUGAACCAGAGAAUCAACCAAAUCAUCUAGUAAAGCCUGUUGAGUUGACUGUUGUGUGGGCGAGAAAAGAAUAAAUUUUAAAAAUACA